GGCUCGUGACUCAGCCAAUGAGCGCGGGACAAUGUGUUCCCAAUUCACAACUUUCAAAACAUUUGCGCGUGGAGCUGUGGGCUGAGUCCAAUUACAUCACCGACGGUCAUAAAGCAGCACUCCGGCGCACCGGAGGGAAAACAUAGACAACCUCUGACACAAACCUCGAGAGGCAGACGCGAGGACACGAGCUCAACUAAUGGACAUACAUUCCUCCAAAACCAUGAAGAAGCCCGGGACGGCGUGCUGCAGCAGCGUAAAGCUGUUUGUCCUGUGCCACGGACUCCUGCAGUUCUCCCAGCUGCUCUACAGCGCUUACUUCAAGAGCACCAUCACCACAAUCGAGAGACGCUACGGCCUCAGCAGCUACUCCUCUGGAACCAUUUCCUCUCUAAACGAGGUCAGUAACAGUGUGCUGAUAGUGUUCGUGAGCUACUUUGGAAAUCGGGUUCACCGUCCUCGCCUCAUUGGAAUCGGUGGACUACUGAUGGCUGUCAGUGCCAUGAUCCUGACCUUACCUCACUUCCUAUCCCAGCCCUACGAAUAUGACUCUGUUUUACACAAUCCCCAUGACAUCUGCAACCUGCAGGGUAACUCGAGCGACCCCAGUUGUGGCCGAGACGAGACCCGGCGUCUGGCUGACACUAACAACUUGUGGCUGCUCAUGGCUAGCGCUCAGCUGCUCUUCGGGGUGGGCUCGGUGCCCAUCCAGCCGUUUGGAAUUUCCUACAUUGAUGAUUUUGCUGGACCUGGAAAUUCCCCUCUUUACAUAGCCAUCCUGUUUGCAGUAUCUGUAUUCGGGCCUGCCAUUGGCUACCUGCUGGGAUCAGUCGUGCUGCAGAUCUACGUGGACGUGGACAGAACUGGUCUAGGAGCUGAACAAGAGCUGAGACAAGGUGAUCCCCGCUGGGUUGGGGCCUGGUGGAUGGGCCUGCUCAUCACCGCCGGCUGCCUGGUCCUCACCUCCAUACCCUACUUCUUCUUUCCUCGUACAAUCCCUUCAGAAGAUAAUGUGAUUGGAAAUGAAACUGACAUGAAUGAUGACUUCAAGAAGCCAGAUAUCUCUUUACUUGAUUUCCUGAAAAUGUUUCCCAGAAUGUUUGUCCACCUCCUGCUGAGCCCUCUCUUCCUUAUGCUGGUCCUGGCCCAGUGCUGCUUCUCCUCAGUGAUCGCAGGUCUCUCUACAUUCCUGAACAAAUUUCUGGAGCGACAGUACAGCGCUUCGGCCGCCUACGGCAGCCUGCUCGUAGGUGCUGUGAAUCUGCCAGCAGUAGCAGUGGGGAUGCUGAUGGGCGGGGUCAUCAUGAAGAGGGCAGGUCUCUCUCUGAAGACCAUCCCACGCUUCUCUGUGGUAAUGUUGACCACCUCCACCCUCCUCUGCAUCCCUCUCUUCUUCAUGGGCUGUCCCACACAGAAGGUCUUCGAGAUCAAUCACCAAAUCGGAAGGUCUCUACCCUCGUGUUACUCCAACUGCUCCUGUCCUGCCAGUGCCUUCAACCCUGUGUGUGGCUCUGAUGGUAUUGAGUAUAUUUCUCCUUGUCAUGCAGGCUGCACCAGCUUCGCCAAAGACCCCAAUAACACCAGGGUUCAGCAAUACACCAACUGCAGGUGUAUAUCUGGGAGCCAGAGUCAUGCCCGCCCAGCUCCCUGUCCAAACAGCUGCCCACAUUUACUUCUCCCUGUCAUGCUCGUCAUCUCUCUGGCAUCACUGAUCGCCUGCCUCACUCACAACCCCAUGUACAUGAUGGUCCUCAGAUCUGUUCCCUCUGAAGAGAAGUCGUUUGCUAUAGGAAUUCAGUUUUUACUCAUGAGAGUAUUAGCCUGGCUGCCUGCCCCUGCUCUCUUUGGGAUGGCCAUCGAUUCGUCAUGUAUCUGGUGGAAGCACGUGUGCGGAAAGAAGUUUAGUUGUGGUUACUAUGACAACAACAUCUUGAGGAACAGGUACUUGGGCUUACAGGUGGGUUAUAAGGUCAUGGGCAUUGCUCUGCUGAUGAUGCUGGGCUGGAAGGUGCAGCGGACCCAGGAGUACAGUCUGGAGAAGACGCCUGAAGGACUACUGUGACCGACCCUGAGCGUCUGUGUUUAUCCAAACCUGUCUGUUUCUGAAAGCGUUGCUGUGGUGUUUUUGAAGAACAGUGUGCUGAGCAAAGCUGUGUCAGUGGGAGAAAGCCACAACCAAGAACAGGCCUACACUGACCUCAAUAUCUGUGGGCCCACCUUCCUACCUGGUGCUUCACUGGCUGGAGUUAAGAUAUACAUUUUCCAAAAGGGAAAACUAGUUAUAUUUUUUAAUGCUUUAAAGCUUCUGUUUGGAAUUACUCUGACAGUAUGAUCCACUCAUACAACCUCUCUUGAGUGAAGAGUGUUCCAACAACAGAUAAAUAUCUUUGUGUAUAACUUGUUGCUAAAUAGUAGGAAUCUAUUCAGGUUUCUAUUUCCAAUGGGAACAUAUUCUGUAACUAAUUAACUGUAUUAGCUUAAUAUUUAAGUUUAUUUUUUUAUAGGUGUUUGUCUCAUACACAGAGACAUCUGUGAUUGACUGCAGUACUCAUUUCAUACAUGGUCAUUUAUAACACUUGAUUUAAUUACAGUGCUAAUGAUUUUUCAGAUAUCAAGUACAUACAUUGAAUUAACCACAUAUUAUGCUAUCUACUGGUGUGGUUAUAUGAUAGUUAUUACAGUGGAUUGCAUACUUUUUCCAUACUUAUUGUAAGUAUUACUAGCUAAUAAAUAAAAAUACAAUAUAAUGAA